GUGAAAACCCAGAUAACUGUGUGAACUCCAGCCUCACCGAGGGCCCCAAGUACCUGGUGUAUCUGACAGAAGUCGACCAUGGCCAGUACGUGCAGCAGUUUUGUCAUGAGUCGGGGGAGUCACAGUGCCUGGACGAGGUCAUGGUCCUGUGUGAAGUUUCAGUCGAGUAUCCAAUUGGGAAAAACAUAACAACCGCCAAAGAGGAAUGUCCAGAGAAAUAUAUGUAUGAAGAUUGUAUUCCAAAGCCCGAACCAACAAACCCGCCUUAUGACAAUGGUGACAACCAGAAAGAUGCCCACGGUUCUGAAGAAGUAGCAGAUCAGAAGACAAAGGAGAAACCAGACGAAGGAAAGGACAUUCCAAAAGAGUUCCCUUCAAGUGUUGGUGAUGGUGACAAUGGCAGUUCUGUGACCUUGACUUUAAAUAUGAGUGCAAUGAUCUUGCUUUUGCUGGCAGUUAUUCUGCAGUUAUAA